ACCACCAGGCAGGUUGAGUUGAGAAACAAUUAGCUCAGUCAGCAAGCCUUUGAAUCUGAUUAAGCCAGGAAGUGGUCACUCCCCAAGACAGAGUAAAAUGAAGGGAAUGAAGGCGGUAGCCCAACACGAGGAAUGAUUUCUCUCUCUGAGAAAAACUGGUAUUAGAAUUUAUUGUGUCAAAUUUAUGUCAAGGAUUAUAUCACUACAUUUUAUUAUUAUUUCACUGAAAACAAAUAUAAUCUUGUUUCCAAGUAGAUCAACAGUCCACAUGUGUCAUGGCUACUGUCUCUAAGAAACUUCUGUUUAUUGAGGCUUGACAUACUCUCAUGUUUUGGUAACAAAACAUCUUUGAGACCUAGAACCCAAGUCACAGAGGAAAAUGCAAGGCUUAUACAAGACUGCUGGCUGGAUUCUCAUUACUCUGGGGGCUCUCAGUGUAUUCUCUGGAGUUAUUGCUUUCUUCCCAGUCUUUUCCUACAAGCUUUGGUUCACAGGGUGGAGUGUCUGGAUUGCUUGUCCCGUCUGGAAUGGAGCUUUGGCCAUCAUGACUGGGAUACUCCUACUGUUGGCUCACAAAGAGUGGACCCAGAGACACCUGUGGGAAGCUAGUUUCACCUUUGUGAUUCUGAGCAUCCUGGGAUGUCCACUUCAUUUUACUGUAGCCCUGGCAUCUGCUCUCCUUGGCCCAUAUUGCUUCUACUCGUUUUGGGGGAUUGCAGGGACCAAUUACCUUGGUUAUGCAGUUGCCUUUCCUUUUCCGUAUGCAAAAUUCCCAUCAGUUUGUGUAGACCCACCACACUAUGAAGAGUACCACCUGACACUUCAAGCCUUAGAUCUGUGCCUGAGCUUUGCCAUGCUCUGUGUGUCCCUGACAGCGUUCAUCACACUUUCUGCAAGACUUAUCCGGAAUGGACAUAUAAAUGUAAGUUUCCAGAAAGGGGAAGCCAGUUCCUGUUCCAUCCUAAAUGCUAAAAUGGAAAGUUUGGUAUAUUAAUACUUAAUCUGUCUCUCUUUUUUACCCCUGUGUCUUCUAUAACCAAAAUUCUCCCACUCUUUCUACUUCUACUGCAGCUAAGAGGCUGAUAUAUAAUACAUCAACAUCAGAUUUAGCUUUCUAACUUUUUCCGAAAGGGCUGAUAAUAAUUUUAAUAUGAUAAUAAUAGAAUUAUGAACUGAAUAUUUAGUAUGUGUCGGUGUACUUCCCAUUUCACAGAUAGUAAAUGGAGGCUAAAGAGUUUGUAUAACUUGCCCAACGUCACACAGCUUAAUGACUAGUAGGACCAGAUUCAGAACCCAGAGCUAUUUCUCCUCAUCAGGCCAGAUUUGUCCUGGGCUCCCUCAUCGCCCUCCUUGCAUCCUCUGCUCCUCUGCCAGACCGUUAAGAUGCAAGGCUCUAGCCUCCAGAAGGGUUAGAGCGGGGUCACUGGGAAAACAGCACAAGUGAUUUCUGAUUCCAAAUUCCUACAGUUGAUACUGGGUUCCUCCUUUGUGGGUUGAACAACCUCCCUCUGAAAAGAGGUAUUUCUCACUGCAAUCUCUUAUACUGGCUUUAUGAUUCAAGUUAGGAUUACAUCAGGGUCAAGUGAAUUUGGGUUAUGUUAGCCAAUUUUUUUCCAGUUUCAUCCUAUCAGCACCAACCAGUAAAGCUGGAAGACAAGAAUUUGGCACUCUCAAUGCUUUUUGUGGUCAGUCUUGUCCUCUUCAACUUCUUCAUAAAUCUGCAAAGGAAAUCCUGUACAUUCUUAGGAACAGAGUUGAUUUUACAAGGAACUUGCCGAGAAACAAGGCAAGCAGACCAAAAUCACCGCCUCCGUCGUACUGCCAGGGCAUGUAGAGGUUUAGUAUUUGAGAAUUCUCCCUUGUGGCAAAUGUCGUAACUUUCUAGACUAUUUACUAAGGAAC